AUGCCAGAAGACUUGGACCUGGGGAAUCCCUCGCCCACGACUGCAGCUGUGCACCCGGAGGUCAGCAGCGGCUCUCCGGGCAAAAUGUGCAGUGAAUGUUACGUGAACCAGUCUUUUGUCAACGAUGAUGGGACCGUGAACCAGCACAAGCCGCGCUCCUCCUCGGCUCAGAGGAACACUGGGCUCGUCCUGAACAGCUCUGGUGUGAAGAUGGAGCCGGUGGAGAGCGAGGUGCCGCCGCUGCCGCCGCGGUUUCGCUUCCGGGAUCUGCUGCUCGGAGACCAAAGCUUCCCCAACGACGACCGGGUUCAGGUGGAGUUUUAUGUGAAUGAAAACACAUUUAAAGAACGUUUGAAGCUGUUCUUUAUCAAAAACCAAAGAUCAAGUCUGAGGAUCCGUGUUUUUAACUUCUGUCUGAAGCUGCUCACAUGUCUGCUGUACAUAAUCAGAGUGAUGACAGACAACCCGGCUCAGAGCGGCCUGAGCGGACACAGCGGCGUUCAGGGCGCCACGGCAACCAACACCAAAUGCAUCGACUGUCUGUCUAAUGCAUCGGCUCAAGACAAUGCUAUUAAUUGGGAGCUUAUCUUUUGGGUGGAUAGAAGAGUUCCAGUCUGGGCCAUUCAAGUGAUCGUGGCCAUCAUCAGUUUUCUGGAGACCAUGCUCCUGAUGUAUCUGAGUUACAAGGGAAACAUUUGGGAGCAGAUUUUCCAGGUUUCUUUCCUCCUGGAGAUGAUCAACACCGUCCCGUUUAUCAUCACGAUUUUCUGGCCGUCUGUGAGGAACAUCUUCAUCCCUGUGUUUCUGAAUUGCUGGUUGGCCAAAUGCGCUCUGGAAAACAUGAUAAACGAUGUGCACAGAGCGAUUCAGAGGACAAACUCGGCCAUGUUUAAUCAGGUCCUCAUUCUCAUCUGCACUCUGCUCUGCCUGGUCUUCACUGGCACGUGUGGGAUCCAGCAUUUGGAGCGAGCUGGAAAGAAUCUGUCUCUUUUCAACUCCUUCUACUUCUGCAUUGUCACCUUCUCCACCGUGGGCUUCGGCGACGUCACUCCUCGGAUCUGGCCGUCUCAGCUGCUGGUGGUCAUCAUGAUCUGUGUGGCGCUGGUGGUGCUCCCCCUGCAGUUCGAAGAGUUGAUCUAUCUGUGGAUGGAGAGACAAAAAUCUGGGGGAAACUACAGCCGUCAUCGAGCGCAGACCGAGAAACAUGUGGUGCUAUGCGUCAGCUCUCUCAAGAUUGAUUUGCUGAUGGAUUUUCUCAAUGAGUUUUACGCCCAUCCCAGACUACAGGAUUACUAUGUGGUGAUUUUGUGCCCGAGUGAGAUGGACCUGCAGGUGCGGAGAGUGCUGCAGAUCCCACUCUGGUCUCAGAGAGUCAUUUACUUACAAGGGUCUGUGCUCAAAGACCAGGAUCUGCUCAGAGCCAAGAUGGAUGACGCUGAAGCCUGCUUUAUUCUCAGCAGUCGUAACGAGGUGGACCGUACUGCAGCGGAUCAUCAGACGAUACUGAGGGCUUGGGCCGUGAAAGACUUUGCUCCGAACUGUCCACUUUACGUCCAGAUCCUCAAACCAGAAAACAAGUUUCAUGUAAAGUUUGCAGAUCACGUCGUGUGUGAGGAAGAGUUCAAGUACGCCAUGUUGGCUCUGAACUGCGUGUGCCCGGCCACCUCCACUCUGGUCACGCUGCUCGUGCACACAUCACGUGGACGAGAAGGACAGCAGUCUCCGGAGCAGUGGCAGAGGAUGUAUGGAUGCUGCUCCGGUAACGAGGUCUACCACAUCCGACUGAGCGACAGCAAGUUCUUUGGAGAAUACAGCGGCAAAAGCUUCACGUACGCGUCCUUCCACGCUCACAAGAAGUAUGGGGUGUGUCUGAUCGGCAUAAAGCAAGAAGACAACAAAAGCAUCCUGUUAAACCCAGGGCCACGCCACAUCAUGGCCGCCACCGACACCUGUUACUACAUCAACAUCACCAAAGAAGAAAACUCUGCCUUCAUCUUCAACCAGGAGGAGAAGAAGGGCAAAGCCACCGGGGGGCUGUUCGGUGGACCCUCACAACUUCCUGUCCACAGCAUCAUUGCGAGCAUGGGCACAGUUGCGAUUGAUCUGCAGAACUCCAGCCCACCCACAUCUGGAAGCCACAUCCCGCCUCCCACUGUGAACGGGACGGGGGGGCGGCGGCCGAGCAUCGCCCCCGUCCAGGAGAUCGCAGACUCCUCCACCAUCCUGCCCUGCGACCUGCUCAGUGACCAGUCUGAGGACGACAGCGUUUUCAUCGAUGAGAAAGACCAAGGAUCCACAGAGCAGACCCAGUACGUGAAAGGUUACCCUCCCAACUCGCCCUACAUCGGCAGCUCGCCCACAUUGUGCCAUUUGUUAGCAGCGAAAGCCCCGUUUUGCUGUCUGCGUCUCGACCAGGGAUGCCAGCACAACAGUUUCGAAGAUGCCAAGGCGUACGGGUUCAAAAACAAGCUCAUCAUCGUGUCCGCGGAAACGGCCGGGAAUGGCCUUUAUAACUUCAUAGUUCCUCUAAGAGCUUAUUACAGACCCAGGAAAGAGCUAAACCCCAUUGUCUUGCUGCUGGAUAAUCCGCCUGAUAAUCACUUUCUGGAGGCGAUCUGCUGCUUCCCGAUGGUGUAUUACAUGGCUGGUUCUAUAGACAACCUGGACAGCCUGUUGCAGUGUGGAAUCAUCUAUGCUGAUAAUUUGGUCGUGGUGGAUAAGGAAAGUACCAUGAGUGCUGAAGAAGACUACAUGGCCGAUGCUAAAACCAUCGUCAAUGUCCAGACCAUGUUCAGGCUGUUUCCCAGUUUGAGCAUCAUCACGGAGCUGACUCAUCCAUCCAACAUGAGGUUUAUGCAGUUUAGAGCUAAAGACUGCUAUUCUCUGGCUCUUUCCAAACUGGAGAAGAAAGAGAGAGAUAAAGGCUCCAACUUGGCCUUCAUGUUUCGCCUUCCAUUUGCUGCAGGAAGAGUCUUCAGCAUCAGCAUGUUGGACACUCUGCUCUAUCAGUCGUUUGUGAAAGACUAUAUGAUCCUGAUCGCUCGGCUGCUUUUAGGAUUAGACACCACCCCUGGUUCAGGAUAUCUUUGUGCUAUGAAAGUGACAGAGGAGGAUAUUUGGAUCGGGACUUAUGGCCGGCUCUUUCAGAAGCUCUGCUCUUCCAGUGCUGAAAUUCCCAUUGGAAUCUAUCGAGCGGAAUCACACAUUUUCUCUACAACUGAGUCACAAGUGUCAAUGAACGCAGACGACAGUGAGGAAACUAAAGAACGAGGCUUUGAACCCCGGAGUGUGGACCACGGCGAGCACCCGCUGAGGAGGAAGAAGAGCAUGCAGUGGGCGCGGCGGCUGAGCAGACGCAGCAGCAAGUGGCAGAGCAUGAACCGCGACUCUACCAAAGACCAGGCCCAGCGCAUCGCACAGCAGCGCCUCAAUCUCUACCGAAGAUCAGAGCGGGAGGAGCUGUCUGAGCUGGUCCGCAACCGCAUGAAGCACCUGGGCCUACCCACCUCUGGAUAUGAAGACCUAACCAACCUGACGGCCAGCGAUGUCAUGAACAGAGUUAAUCUGGGAUACCUCCAGGAUGAGCAGAAUGAGCAGCAGAACACCGUGUCAUAUGUUUUAAUAAACCCUUCUCCGGACACAAGACUGGAGAUAAAUGACGUUGUGUAA